CACCUCUCUAUUUAAAACACCUUGGGUUCUAAACAACUUAUCUUUGAACAUCAUCUGUUGCAAGCUUAUUAUUAUUCAAAUCUCACCGAAAAACCCUCACUGUAAGUAGAUUAAAUGCACCAGGUUAAAGUAGCAACUUUAAUCGCUGUAAAAUGAGCAAAAGAUCGCUGAGGAGCUGGGCUCCAACCUAUGCUAUGUCGGCGAAUUCCGAUUUAUAUGUUCAUGAAGCUACAUUCCACGAAACAGAAAUCGAACAAUACGUUACCUAUGUAGUCCAAGCCAGCGACCAGUACGCCUCAACUGGAAGUAUUACCUACGCAGCCUUUAACUUGGUUGGACGCCCUAAUCAUUUUCCAAAUAUGGGCGAUUUUUCCGACACCUUUCUGAUGAGCCGGUACGGAAACUGGUGGCAACAAAUGCCCUCAGCAAUAGAAGAGUUCGGGCUUGAGAAUGUUCCAGAGAAUCUGAAGCCGUCGGACUCAUAUGUACUUUGCUGUUUCGACGAUAAAGUGUUCCCCCUGGGACUGGAAGUAUGUGAAACUCUAAGCGCUGGAGCCAUACAGAAAGUGUGGAUGCGUACCGCUAUAGAUGCAGAGACGCAGAACGCUGUUUGGGCUUUGCUUUGGGACCGGGCAACAGACCCAGCAGAAAACAUCUUUUCUGAAAAUUCAGCACUACCAUUUACUAUUAAACUUCGGCACCUUCAUAAACCGGGCCGAAUCUUGAUGGUCGAGCUCAACUAUCGACAUUUGGACUACCACGCUGGAAUUGACAGCAUUAUGUUAAAGGGUGGCGCCAAACCGCCUGUUUACAUCCCGACUAAUCGCAGCGCGCCAAAUAUACAGAUGAUUACUAAACAACAAGAAGGCCGAAACCAGACAAUGCACCAAAACAGCUCUUCCACUAGAAUCGAUCAGCUGCCAGAGGAGUUACUGUAUGCCGUAUUCCAACACCUAGAUCUCAUUUCGCUGGCUCGAGCAGCGCGGGUGUGCAAUAAGUUUCAUCGAGUAGCUCGAGACUCUCGUUUGUAUUUCGUAUUGAAUUUGCGGCCGUACUGGAUGAUGAUAUCAUGGCAAUUCUAUCAAUGGGCUACGCUACGAACGAGUAUGUGUCGCAAACUCAACGUGUCCUGGAAUCCGGAUUCGGAUAACCAGCUGACGAUCCAGUUAAUGCACCUAGUGCAAUCGUGCUGUAGGACAUUAACUCAUUUACACCUGAGUUAUAAUGCCGCAGUGAAUGAAAAUCUUCUGAAUAUGGUUAUUCAAAACUGCACCCAACUUCAGGAGCUCAGCAUAGACGGUUGUUGGGCGGUUAAUCGUCUUUCCUUGAAAAAUGAACAGCGAACGCUGACAAACCUUGUGCGUUUAAAUAUGACAGACAAUGGUUGGCUCGAUACAUCUACACUGCUUCAAAUAGUAGCCAACAAUCCGAAUUUGAAGCAUUUAAAUAUCAAUUUUUGUAACAGUUUGGUAUUGCCGGACCUGUUUGAACUACUCGGGAGCAAAAACCGCCAGCUUAUCAGCCUGAAUGCAGUCAAAGCCGGAAAGUUAACAAGUGAAGCGCUUUGCUGUCUAGCUACCUGCACCAGGCUGCAAGAGAUAGAUAUCGGAUGGACGUUUCAGGAGCUGAAUUGGCAGACGGAGCAUUUGCGCUCGCUACUGCUCGCCUGCCCAGGCAUUAGAAAAUUAUUUCUAUCUGCCACGCGCGACUUACAGGACAACGAUUUAUUGACAAUCGCGGGAACUUGUUCGAAAUUGGAGCAGCUUUCUUUGGUUGGAUGUAAUAAUAUCAGCGCAAUAGGUAUUCAGUAUGUGCUAGAAAAAUGUAAGAAUCUGAAGCUAUUGGAUAUCAGCCACUGCGAUGGCGUUGAAAAUGAAAAUGUGUUGGCAUGGCAGUGCAUUUAUACAACAGUGAUAAAGCGUAUCGAACCAACUCAAUGAAUUGAUGGAUGAAAACCCAUUCAGGAGUUCUUUUAUAUAAGCAAAUAUUCCGCAAAUGGGGUGAACGGGAAAUUUGAAGACCGAAUUUAAACCUUAGGAAUUAAAAACAGAAUAUCGUUAUAUUCCUAGGACAUGUUUAUCCUAGGAAGCGCCAUACUGCCGGCGUAUUUAUAGUAUUUAUCAAGUUAUACUCCAGCGUUUCGCUAUCGCCUUACAGUGAAUGUUAGUGAUAUGAUAUGAAUUUUUUGUACCAAUAAAAAUU